CUGUUCUUUUCUUACCUUCUCUUCUUUUUUGUUUUGGAAGGUUUGCAGCUUUUUACUUCUUUUACAGUAACUGCUGCAUUACACAAGGUACAUCGGUUUCAUUGCUUGCAUCAUCUUAGGAUUGUACUCUGUUGGAUAGUACUUCGUGAGAUCCUUCGUUGUUACUUGUAAACCCUUUUUCCGCUACGUUAUUUGCGUGUGUGUACAUACAUAUCGCCAGUCUUGUCGUAAAUCCCGUCAUUAUAAGUUGGUUUAGGAUUAUUAACCUUUCCUUUACAAACCCCAAAUUAGUUCUUUAGGUUGAAUCCACUUUUUCGUAUCAGAAAAGUAUUCGUCCUUUCUCUUUUGAACUUGGUUGAUACAUAACCAACUUUUCCUGGAAUUCGCGGUUCGACCAAUUUCUUGUUCAGUAAAACGUCGACUGAAUGGUUCCGCGAGAUUUUCUAUCAUUUUAAAUACAAUUUUCUUUAUGAACUCUUCCCCUUGUUAAUUUCGUGACGUUUCUUUCAAGCUUUGUGUAUAUAGGUACAGUUUUGUUUACCUCGUGAUUUCGUACAUUCUCUAUUAUUACAUACGUUUCUGUAUCUUUCCCUUAUUUAAUAAUUCUUGCAUCUUGUUCGAGCUUGAUUCCUCGAAUUUAACGAUUAUCAAUCCCUUUUAUCUCUUUAAAGUUUACCUUUUUAACCCCUCUCAGAUUUCAGAUUUUCUUUCUAUUUUUCGUUUGGCUAAAGUAACUACUUUCUGAAAAGUCAUAACGUUCAACAUGUUGCGUCUAUCAAAGGCUGUGCGUUACUCGAAGGCCUGUCGUAAACUCCGUCUUUCAAAGGUAGGUCCUGUCCGCCUUUUUGCCUCUCAAGCACCUACCGACAACUUCCUUAGUGGAGGUGCUGCUGAUUAUGUCGAUGAAAUGUAUGAAGCUUGGAAGAGGGAUCCCAACAGUGUUCAUGUUUCCUGGCAGGCAUAUUUCAAAAAUGUUCAGUCUGGCAAAGCUAAUCCUUCAAAUGCUUUUCAACCUGCUCCUUUGUUAGAUUACAUGGGCGAUUACAAUGAUGUAGAUUCUGCCUUGGCAAAUAACAAAAAUAUCGGCGAUAUUGAUGUGAGCGUAUAUAUGAAAGUCCAACUUUUGGUUCGUGCUUAUCAGUCCAGAGGUCACCAUGUUUCAAAAAUUGAUCCUUUGGGUAUUAACGUUAAUGAGAAACGCCCUUCUGAACUUACUUUAGAGCACUAUGGGUUUACCGAGGCCGAUAUGGAUCGUGAGAUUCGUCUUGGUCCCGGCAUUCUCCCCAACUUCCGCGAAGCUGGUUACGAGACAAUGACUUUACGUAAUAUUGUUGAAGCUUGCGAGCGUAUAUAUUGUGGUAACUUUGCUGUUGAGUUUACCCAUAUUUCGUCUCGCACAAGGUCAAACUGGAUUCAAUCUCAUUUGGAAACACCAACUCCUUUCAAAUACAAUCAUGAUGAGAAAAUGAUGAUUUACGAUCGUCUAAAUUGGGCCCACAGCUUUGAACGUUUCCUCUCUACAAAGUUCCCGAACGACAAACGUUUCGGUUUAGAAGGUUGUGAGUCUAUGGUUCCUGGUAUGAAAGCAUUAAUCGAUCGCUCAGUUGAUCAGGGUGUUAGCAAUGUCGUUAUUGGUAUGGCUCACCGAGGCCGUCUUAAUGUACUUCACAACGUUGUUCGUAAACCAGCUCAAGCUAUUUUCUCUGAAUUCCGCGGUACCCAAGAUCCUGAAGAUGAAGGAUCUGGUGAUGUCAAGUAUCAUCUUGGUAUGAAUUAUCAGCGUCCUACUCCUUCAGGUAAGCGUGUUAGUCUUUCUUUGGUUGCAAAUCCUUCUCACUUGGAGGCUGAGGACCCCGUCGUUCUCGGAAAGGUACGUGCCAUUCAACAUUAUACAAGUGAUGAAGCUACUCAUGAUCAAUCUAUGGGUGUCUUGCUUCAUGGUGAUGCUGCGUUUGCUGCUCAAGGUGUUGUUUAUGAAACCCUAGGAUUACAUUCUUUGCCCGGUUACAGCGUCGGCGGUACCAUUCACAUUGUUAUUAACAAUCAAAUUGGAUUUACUACUGACCCACGUUUUGCUCGCUCGACUCCUUAUUGUACGGAUAUUGCUAAAACAAUGGAAGCUCCCAUUUUCCAUGUCAAUGGUGAUGAUGUUGAAGCGACUACAUUUAUCUGUCAAUUAGCCGCUGACUGGCGCAAAACCUUCAAAACAGACGUUGUAAUUGAUAUAGUUUGCUACCGCCGACAUGGUCAUAAUGAGACUGAUCAGCCUUCUUUCACCCAGCCCCGCAUGUACCAAGCUAUUGCUAAGCAUGAACCUACUUUCGAAAAGUAUACUCAAAAACUUCUAAAUGAGAAGAGCAUCAGUCAAGAAGAAGUUGAAGCUCAGAAAAAACGAAUUUGGGGAAUUUUGGAAAGUUCCUUCGAAAGCAGCAAGGACUACAAACAGGACUACAGCGAAUGGUUAUCUAACCCUUGGGUUGGUUUUGCCUCUCCUAAGGACUUGCAGAAUAAAAUAUUGCCAUCUUACCCCUCUGGUGUCGACAUUUCGACUUUGCAAAGAAUCGGUAAAGCCCUAUAUGAGAUGCCUGAAGGAUUCGAGGCACAUCGCAAUUUGAAGCGUAUUUUGAAUAACCGUCAUAAGUCUAUCACUACCGGAAAGCAAAUUGAUAUGCCUACAGCUGAAACUCUGGCAUUUGCUACUCUUCUUGAGGAAGGCCAUCACGUUCGUGUCAGUGGUCAAGAUGUUGAACGUGGUACAUUCUCUCAAAGGCAUGCUGUUUUGCAUGAUCAAAAGUCUGAAAACGUAUAUAUUCCUCUUAAUCAUCUGAGCAAUGGUCAAGCAAGCUUUGUUAUUCGUAACUCUUCUUUAUCUGAGUACGGUGUUUUAGGCUUUGAGUAUGGCUAUUCCUUAUCUUCUCCUAAUGCUUUAGUUGUAUGGGAAGCUCAGUUCGGCGAUUUUGCCAAUAAUGCACAAUGUAUUAUUGAUCAGUUCAUAGCUGCUGGUGAAACUAAAUGGUUACAACGCAGUGGUAUUGUACUUUCUUUGCCUCAUGGAUACGAUGGUCAAGGCCCUGAGCAUUCAUCUGCACGUAUUGAAAGAUAUUUGCAAUUAUGCAAUGAGGAUCCACGUAAAUUCCCUUGUGAAGAUAAAUUGCAAAGACAACACCAAGACUGCAACAUCCAGUGCAUUUAUGUUACAAAACCCUCUCAAUAUUUCCAUGCGUUGCGCCGCAACAUCCACCGUCAAUUUCGUAAGCCUCUAAUUGUCUUUUUCUCGAAAUCUUUGCUUCGUCAUCCUGUUGCUCGAUCUGAUAUCGAAGAAUUUGAUGAGAAGCACGGAUUUAAAUUAAUCCUCGAAGAAGAAGAACAUGGUAGUAAGAUUCAAGCUCCCGAGAAGAUUGAUCGUCUUGUUUUAUGCACUGGUCAAGUUUGGGUUGCUUUAUCAAAGGCUCGUGAAGAAAAUAAGGUUGACAACGUUGCUUUCACUAGAAUCGAACAGUUGCAUCCUUUUGGUUGGAAACAAGUGGCUGAGAACAUUUCUAAAUAUCCUAAUCUCAAGGAAGUGGUUUGGUGUCAAGAAGAGCCUUUGAACGCUGGUGCUUGGUCUUUCGUGGAGCCUCGCAUAUAUACAAUUUUGGAUCAUCUUGGUCGUAAGCUCCCCGUUCGUUAUGCUGGUCGCCCUCCAUCAGCUAGUGUUGCUACUGGUAACAAGCAACAGCAUAUACUAGAAUCAGACCAACUCAUGAAAGAAGCUCUUUUUUAAACAGUUUAAAGUGAACAGGUUUAUGAAAUGGGCUGUAGCACUGCUAUUCGUUCGAAGAUAUCGUCUGGCGGAACUAUAAUCUAUUAAUGAAAAUUGUAUGAGAUAGGGGCACACCGUUCCGUAGAAAAUUUCAUGAGAUAUUUUAAUAAAUUACGCCUUUUAGAAUUUACACGUACUUAUAGUAUAAGCUUAUAAUUACAUUGCAAAAGAAAUUUGGUUAGACUGUACUUACGAAUCCUAAAAAAAAAUAAAUAAAUUAAACUACUUAAGAGGUAGGAAUUAUAGAAGAAGAAAUUGAUGGAAACUCAUAUAAAAUUUCA